AUGUUCAAGCUGCAUACCAAGACCAUCCUUCUGUUCAGUGUCGUUUGCAUCAUCAUCCUCUACAUCUGGGGAUUCAUUGCCAUUUGGGCAGACAGUGUUGGGUUCAAGAACGUGAGCGAAAUCUGGAUUGAAGCCACGGCUGCAUCUGCAUCUCCGACUUUUGAAAUUGUCGACAAACUCAUCCUUCGUUUCCCGACUUACGUUCAACUCCACAGACUAGCAAUGCGAUUCCUCAAGUUUCUAACGCUGACGGCGCUGUCCUGGACCGCAGUGGUCACCGCCAAAAAGGCCACGACUAACAAAUUCGACACCUACUUCGCCCAACAAGAGGCCUCGGCACCCCUGGAACUCGACGAGAAGUCUUACAAUGAAUUGACCACCGCACCGCGAGACUACUCACUGGCUGUCCUCCUCACGGCCCGCCACGCACGAUACGCAUGUGGGAUUUGCCGAGACUUCGACUCAGAGUGGUCCAUUCUAGGCCGCAGCUGGCAAACAGGAGACCGAAAUGGCGAUCACCGAGUGCUUCUGACCACGAUUGAUUUCGACCAAGGCAGAAAUGUCUUCAUGAAGCUUCAGCUUCAAACCGCGCCUGUCCUCUUAUUCUUCCCUCCGACCGUUGGCCAGAAUGCGAAACCGGAUGGCCAACCUUUGCGCCUGGACUUCCUCGGUCCUCAGACCGCUGACGGUGUCCGGAAUUGGCUUCUCCGCCAUCUCCCCGCCGGAGACUACCCCCCGGUCAUACGUCCGAUCAACUAUGCCAGAAUGGGAGCUUCGAUAACUAUCCUGCUCGGCGUCUUCACGUUCGUGACCGUGGCCUACCCUUAUAUCAUGCCCAUCAUACAGAACCGCAACUUGUGGGCCGGUGUCAGUUUGAUUAUGAUUCUGCUCUUCACUAGCGGACACAUGUUCAACCACAUCCGAAGAGUGCCGUAUGUGACAGGAAAUGGCCGUGGUGGAAUCAGCUAUUUCGCCGGUGGAUUUCAGAACCAAUAUGGCAUGGAGACUCAGAUUGUGGCAGCUAUGUAUGCCCUCCUCGCUUUCGCCGCAAUCAAUUUGGCUCUCAGAGUCCCGCGUAUCAAGGAUUCUCGCACUCAACAAGCUGCCGUCAUGAUCUGGGCAUCUGUUCUCUUUGGAAUGUAUAGUUUCUUGAUGAGUGUCUUCAGGAUCAAGAACGGUGGCUAUCCUUUUUGGCUCCCACCGUUCUGA